UCUGUGAAAAUAUUGUAAACACUAAACAUUAAACAAUUUGUUUGAAUACAUGUGUACCUCGUGCGGAGAGAGGAUUUUAUUUGAUUAUAAUUUUAGCUUUAAUAUGUUCUGAAAUUAACUAAUUACAAUUUGCCAAAAUGUCUGGUUACCUUGAAGUGAAAUAUCCGUUUAGAUCGAACCUUGGUUUGAAUCCUUUCAAGUCUUGGAAGAGACAAUGGUGUAUAUUGCGGCCUAGUCCCACGACUGUGGGAGGUUCUCUGGCCGUGUACUGCAGUGAGGCUGGGGCUGCGGCGGGCACCGUCGAGUUGCGAUCAGGUUGCACUGUGAAACGUGCCAAGUCUCGCACAAGGCCCCACGCUUUCGCUGUGUUUUCCGUCGGAGAACCCUGCAAGCCUCGCAUCCUGUUGGCAGCACAGACUCUCCAGGAAGCCCAACAGUGGAUGGACAAAAUUCGUGACUUACUGAAUGGCGAGAAACUAUUAGGCACUGAAACAUUAUUAAAAGAUUCCUAUACUGUGACAAUUAUACCCACGGCAUUCUCUGAUAAGUGCGGUAUAACAAACGAGUGCCAUGUGACGCUGUCCCCUAACGGUCUCCAGCUGUGCUGUCCGCCCACCGACACAGUUAUACAUUGGCAGAACAUUACAGAAGUUCUGCAUACAAGAGAAACCGGGGACAAGAAUAGAAUUUGUACCCUUAAUAUUCAUAGCGAGUCUCAAGGCGGCGGUUGUGUGCGCAUGCGCGGCGCCGCGGCCGGUGAGUUGGCGGGCGCGGUCCGCGGGGCGCUGAGGGAUCGCGCGCGAGCGAGACUCAGUCGCAGCCAGCCAGAGCUCACUUCAGCGUGUCUUAACGCCGCGGAUAUUCGUCGCAGCAGUUGGUACAGUGGGCCGUCGGAAAUAUCACUGGACGACACUGACCUCAUAAUGUCCAAGGAGGCUCAGCACAUUCCUUCAAGUCAACUGUCUCGUUGUAGUGGAGCUGGCGACCUCGCCUCCCGCGCUCGGAGGCUCCUCAGGACCUCGGCCGAUGACAGCGUGAGUUCCCGGUCCUUGGCGUCUCUCGCGUCGCUGGUGUCGUCGUCAUCGGGCGUGUACGAGGAGAUAGCGGAGGAGGAGCAUACGUACGAGGCGAUAGGACUGUACGGAACCGCGCGCCGACCGAAGCGACAUCCGCCGCCACUACCGCCUCGCCAACCAUACUGUACUCUGAACCGCGGUCAGUCGUGGCGCGAGGCGGAGAAGGUGACCAGACACUCCUCACUCGGCUCACUCACACACAAACAGAGACACCAUAAGACAUUCAGUGUCUUCAGAAAAAGACUGAAGAGCGACUCCCGUAUAGCGACAUCACCGAAAUCAGAGACCAAAGACAAAGACGUGGAGACGAAGAAGAAAAAGUUCGACUUCACGCCCACAAGAGACAUAUUCAAGAGCUUUAAAGUGAACCGCAAGAUGAAGAACCUGAAGAUAACGUCCGGCCUGGCCAAGGGAGAGACCAAGAGCUGCGAGUUCCUGGACGAGGCGCAGCACGUGACGAGCAACAGGUGCUCCAAGUCUGUGGAGUGUUUGGAAGACACCUACGAGUUCCUCGACGACUACCACGGAAACCUGUCCCUGGGUGACGCCGACGAGGCGCUGGCUCUGCCGCAAGAGAUCGUCGAGUUGAUACUGCGCGGCCCGGACCUGAAAGUUAGAUUAAAAGACACUCAGUGCGAGAGCGACUACGUCCCCAUGUCGCCCAUAGUGCCCAUACUGCCCAUGGUGCCCAUGGUGCCGCCGCCACUAGAACAUCACUACAUGGUGAUGUCGCCCCGCACUAAUAUAGCUUGAACCAACCCACUCCGACAUACUGAAGACGCUCUUGAUGCUAGUUCUCGUUGAACAAAGACACUGCACUCAAUGCACGUGCAACUUUUAUAUCAAACAAAAUAAGUAACAAGAAGCGAGUGUGCGUUUCGAUGGUUCGCUGUAUGACCACCAAUAUAUAUUAAGGACAAUGUACUCAAUGUAUACAUCAAGGCGGGGAAUGUCGUCUUCAUAUAGUAUAUUCUGCUGUCUGCUUAGCUUUUGUCUCCAGCGAAGAGUUGGAUAGGAAAUGACUUACUGUAACAAGUCAAUCUAUCUAGGUUUUAAAAACAACAAAGAAAUCUGCCACAAACAUUAGAAUUAAUUCACUGCGGUGACCUAAACCAUUUCCUUUGACAUUACAGGGAGGCGAGAGUGCUUUAGAAAUAACACACAACAAAACACACGAACAUGGUCGGUUUAAUUCUAUAAUAGUUGUAUUUUUAUAUGAAAUUAUUGACUGAGUUACUUUGAUGCGACUGUGGUUUAGCAAAUGACAUGGGCUGCGCUUAUGGUUCAAUAACCAGCCCUCGACGUAUUAAUGGAAGGAAAUUUAGCAUUUCUUAUCUCAAACAUAUAAAAAUAUUAGUUAGCUGUUUUUGAUCUGCUUUCAGUUUGUCUUGCAUUGCCUUUUCCGAGGCCGAUACUGUACUUAGUAAGGUUUUUAAAUCAUUACAUUGUCAAAGUUACAACAGAAGUACAAUGCCAGUUGUGUUAACAUUCAAAAUUUUGUGAUUGAUAUAAAAAGAGAGUUAUAUUAGGAUUAUUUAUCAGAUGAAGCUCGUUUUAAAGCAAUCGAUUUAUUUCCGUUGUCUUUUGAGUAUUCCUUGAACGAAUUUAACGAAUCCUGAGGCGGCUGUUGUCGGAUGUAGAGGAGUUUGUUUGCGCUGACGUGUUGUGAUAUUCUUAUUAGGAAAUUGUUACGAGCUUCGCGGCUUUUGUUGAUGUUCACGUGUUUGAUGUUGGCUGAAUAUUUGGAGGUAUUGAUGUUUUAUUUGGGUUCGUGGGGAGGAUAGCUAAAUUGUAGCCACUUUUGUAGUUCUUUAGGAUGAUCGCUGUCCGCGGUAACUGAGUAGCUCUUAAGUACUUAAAUGAUAGUGUUUAUGGAUUUAGAUUGAAAAGAUCUCUUUAGUUUUUUUUCUUUAAAUAUUUAUUGUAGUCAAUAAUAAUAGUUCGAUAUCGGAUCGCCCUUGUUUAGAUCCGUCGGGGUUAGGAUGCUUCGCCGCCACUAUUUUCGUGUACGCUUUCACCAGGCUAUGAUUAUUUUCCGUCGCAAUAUUUACAGUUGCGACACACAGUCCGCAAGAUUUACAAGUUUAAAUAAAUAUUCUCAUUGCCGGCUUACUGUUUUUUUUACAGUAUAGAUAAGCAUUUAGAUUAUAUCAGAAUCUCAAUUGAAACGUCCAGUUUAUAUGAAUUUUUGCAUUGAACGAUGAUCGAGUCGAGUCGUGUGACCGAUGUGAGUUGACGGACCAAAUAUAUAUUAGCUAUGUAUGUUAUUCAACAGGACAUCGAGUUAAAUAAAGUUUGUAUGUGGA